GGGAGGACUUCCAGGAGGUGGUGGAGCACGCGCCGCCGCACCUGGGCAGCUGCGUGCGUGCGCUGUGUGGCCGAGGGCUGUUGAGGGUGCUGGAGGGUAGCGCGUUCCUGGGUGCGCUGGACUAUGUCACCGCCUGCCGCCUGCACCCCGAGGAGGCACUGCUCGUCGCCAAGGCCUACGUCCCCUGGAACCAGAGGGGCCUCCUGCUGACCGUGCUGCGAGAGGAGGGCCGCAGGAUGCUGCAGCGGAGGCCAGACCUGGGGCUCACGGGCGCACGGGGCCGCUGGAGUAAGGCUGCGGAGAUGGACAGCCCCGAGGCGCAGGAAGGGGAUGCCCACGGCGUGUACCAGCUGGCCACGCUCCUGGUGGAGCUGGACAGGGAAGAUGAGGCUUCAAGCCUCCUGGGGGCUGAUGCCCUGUACCGCCUGGGCCGUCUGGAGGAUGCCCACAAGGCCCUGCUGCUGGCCCUCUCCCGGAGGCCCCAGGCGGCCCCUGUGCUCGCGCGACUGGCCCUGCUGCAGCUGCGGAGGGGCUUCUUCUACGAUGCAAACCAGCUGGUGAAGAAGGUGGUCCAGGCCGGGGACACGGCGUGCCUCCAGCCCACCCUGGACGUCGUCUGCCACGAGGACCGGCAGCUGCUGCGGGGCCACUGCCACGCUCGGGCCCUGGCCAUCCUGCGGGCGCGGCCCAGCGGGGCCGAGGGCACAGCCCGCACCAGGGAGGCCAUCGCCUACCUCUCUCUGGCCAUCUUCGCUGCAGGGAGUCAGGCAGUUGAGUCCCUGCUCAUCCGAGCCCGCUGCUACGGGCUCCUGGGCCAGAAGAAGACGGCCAUGUUUGACUUCAACUCAGUGCUGCGGGCUGAGCCGAAGAACGUGCAGGCGCUGUGCGGUCGGGCACUUCUGCACUUGGCCCUGGGCCAGCAGAAGGAGGCUGUGGAUGACAUCCUCUUGGCUCUGAAGCUUGACCCCAGGACAGUGGUCCCUGAGAUUUGCUCUCUGAAGCCAGAGGCUCAGGCCCUCAUCACCCAGGGCCUCUGGUCCCGCUGCCGGGCCCUCCUGAGCCAGCCUCUGGACACUGGGGCCCCCCUCAGUGAUGAGGACGCCCGGGGCCUCCUAGCUGUGGGGGAAGCGCUGAUCAAAAUCGAUGCCAGGCAGCCAAGCGGACACAUCCUGCUGGCAGACGCACUCACGGCAAUGGGCAGCUAUGACGAAGCUGGUGCCUGCGUGCAGAAAGCCCUGCAGCCCACCCCAUGGUCAGAGGCAGCCCGCGCCCGGCGAGGCCUACUCCGGCUCAAGAAGGGAGACGUACCCGCUGCUGUGCGGGACCUGCAGUGCCUGGCCGAGACGGAGGCCCAGGAACUCAGCUUCCUGCUGCAGCGCCUGGAGACCUCAGAACGGCAGAGCCUCAGCCAGGCUGCAGCCGAGGAAGCCAACACCCUCCUGAACUCAGGGCAGCCCGGGCAAGCGCUGGGCUACUGCUCACUGGCGGUCCUCGCUGGGAGCAGCAAUGCCCGUCACCUGCGCCUGAGAGCCACCUGUCUGGCCGAGCUGCAGGAGUUUGACCGGGCACUGGAGGACCUGGACCAUGUCCUCCGGGUGGAUGGGGGAGACCGCGACCUCCGGACGCGGGUGGAGGACCUGUGCUCCCAGGGCCGCCUGCUGCUGAGCCUGGGCGAUGGGGCCAGGGCCACAGGGGCCUUUGCCCAGGCCCUCAAGCUGGCACCCACCCUAGCCCAGAGCAGCCUGUGGGAGCGGCCGGGCCGGGGCCCCACUACUCAGGCGUUCUUGUGCCAUGGCCAGACCUGCCUGGGGGAGCAGCGCUAUGCAGAGGCCUGGAUGGCAGUGGAGAGUGGCCUGCUGGCAGACCCUGAGCACAGCGGCCUGAAGAGGCUGAGGGCAAAACUCCAGAAGGAGGCAUCCUUGGGCUGCAGGCUUCACUGACUCUAUGCUCUGGAGCCCCAGAUAGGCGCCACCUGGCCAUUCCGCCCCGGAUGGGCUCCUAAGCAGCAGGAUACGGUGCGCCUAACUGAUGUAGAUCAGACUCAGCUGAGAAGAGAGACUGCAGACUCACCACAUUUUAGUUACCGAGAAGGUGUUUGUGACAGCAUAUAGAUAGUAUUACCUCAUCUCAAGACAACAAAGCUAUAAACUUUUUGGAGUUUCCUGCAUGUGAAGCAGCUCUUGGGUCCAAGAGGAGAUCACAUCUGAAAUCAAAGAAAAGUGAAAAACUAAUCAUAACAAAACCCGUAGAGAGAAGCACCUUCAUGAUGUAGCCCCAGCGGGACCCCGGGGAAGGUCCGGCCCCAAGCAGAUUACUAAGCAAUGGAAAGAAAAUGAAGUACGUGUUCAGCUCAAGAAGUUAGAA